AUGUGUCCGCCUACACUGCGUACGUCCAUGGUUGCAGACCACAGUCCUGCAGGUUAUGAAAACAUAACUUCAGUGUAUCGGCGGACAGAUACGCCUAAAGAAAACACACAGCAGACCCACUGAGUCAGCACUGUGCAUCAUCGCAAAAUGACGUCCCCUUCCCCCCAUGACCGCAGCCGCAAAGACAACGAUGAGGAUGACCCUGUAGAACAGAUGAUAUCUCGCACCGGCUGUGCCGAGCUACACUAUGCAGUGCAGGAGUGCAUGGCUGAACACCAGGACUGGCGUGUGUGCCAGAGCCAGGUCCAAACUUUCAAAGACUGCAUGAUGUAUUUCCAAAUGGCCCGGAAAGAACAGCUGAUGAAACAGCGGCAGCAGGCCUCCACUGAGUCUGCGCCCAGCUGAGCUCACAACACCCUCACAGACACAGACACACACACACACACACAGACACAGACACACACACACACACACAGACACACACACACACACAUAAAAGCUGGGUUGUGUUGAGGACAUGCGUUAGCUGGAAAGACUCUACCUCAUGUACUCCUUGUUAAUGAAAAUAAAGUAUAAGCAAAAAAAUCCUGACUUGGGACUUUUAAAUGCAUCAAGGAGAGAUCAACUGAUAAAUGUGACUCAUCAGCCAGUAGAAGCUUAUGGCAGACAGUUUGUUCCGGUUUAUAUGCUGACUGAUAAGUAACAAUAAGUGGAAGUACAAACAUAUCUGAGUUCAUUUGGAAAAAGUGUCUUUAUUAUAUAGUUUGCACUGGGAGAGCACUGGGGAAAAAAUAAUUUCCUGUUAAGUGCACAUCACUGCUGUAUUGUUGAAAGAAAUCAUUUAAGGAAUCCCAAAGGGACAAAUGUUUAAAUGUUAUAUUUGUGAUUAAAAAAAUUGCACCGUUUGACCUGUGUAACUGUCAUAAAAACACAAAUAUUUAU